GCACUGCCUGGCGCUGGGAGGGGCGGGAGGUCCGGGUUGAUACUGGCUGUUGCCUCGCGACACUUGGCUGCGGCGGGGUCGCGGAAAUUUGCACCCUUGGCGGGUCCCUCUUCUUUUCCGGCGGAGAGGUUAGUGCCACUGCCUUGUUCUGGGAGCUUGCACGGUCCCGGCAUAACGCUCCCCGCCUUUGCUUCCCGCAGACCUGAACCUCUAGCGUCACAGGUUUCACCGGGAAAUAUGAGGCUGGCAUCACAUUUUAUGAAGAUGGAAGAUGUGAUUUGACUGACGUUUGGUUGCUGUGUCGAGAAGAGUCUGAAGAACAGAGCUGAGAAAAAAGUUCAGAAGCUGUGACAAUGAUUCUUGGGAAAGACAGCGGCUUGGACCAGGGUAGUGGCAGUGCUGGUGCUGAGGUCACACAAAGCCAGGAGGAUUUGCUGACACACGGCUUGGGAUGUGGUAAUGCCAGCCGGACUUCUCAGAGCCCUGGCCGGAUCUCACUGCAUUUUAUCAAAAACGUGUCAGUGCCAAAGACUUGUUCAUCGAACAUUGAAACCACUUAAGGAACUUGAGACAACAUGCAGCUCCCUCACCGAAAGUCAGAGCUUGGAUAUGUUCUUUCCUGAUACAGCGGCUGGUGGUUUGAAUAAGUCCCGGAUAUUGGAAAUGAACCAGAAAAUAGCCAGUACAAGCGUCCUCUCUCCAUUAAAUGCUGCACACUUUCCAACCGGGAGCUUGUUUGGGACUCACCAGAAAGUGACUCACAGACCAAAUCUGUUAGGUUCUAAGAGGUUUGUAAAGAUAUUAGGGAGACAUUCCUCUUCUGUAUCAACGGAAACAUUUCCCAAACAAGACUUUCCAAAAAUCAAGAGACCACUGAAAGCAUCGAGGACCAGGCAGCCGUCCAGGACCAACCUUCCAGUUCUGUCUGUGAACGAGGACCUGAUGCACUGCACUGCGUUUGCAACUGCAGAUGAAUAUCAUCUUGGAAAUCUCUCUCAAGAUCUGGCCGCCCAUGGAUAUGUGGAAGUAACAAGCUUGCCUAGAGAUGCAGCCAAUAUCUUGGUGAUGGGUGUGGAAAAUUCUGCAAAAGAAGGUGAUCCCGGAACAAUAUUCUUCUUCAGGGAAGGAGCUGCUGUGUUCUGGAAUGUGAAAGACAAAACUAUGAAGCAUGUGAUGCAAGUUCUAGAAAAGCAUGAAAUUCAGCCCUACGAAGUGGCAUUGGUACACUGGGAGAAUGAAGAGCUUAACUACAUAAAAACAGAGGGACAGUCAAAACUUCACAGAGGGGAAAUCAGGUUAAAUUCAGAGCUAGAUAUAGAUGACGCCAUCCUAGAGAAAUUUGCUUUCUCAAAUGCUCUUUGCCUUUCAGUGAAACUGGCUAUCUGGGAGGCAUCGCUGGAUAAAUUUAUUGAAUCUAUUCAGUCGAUUCCAGAGGCUUUAAAAGCUGGGAAGAAAGUGAAACUAUCUCAUGAAGAAGUUAUGCAGAAAAUGGGUGAACUCUUUGCCCUAAGACACCGUAUAAACUUGAGUUCGGACUUCUUGAUCACUCCUGAUUUCUACUGGGACCGAGAAAAUCUGGAAGAGCUUUAUGAUAAAACAUGUCGGUUCCUCAGCAUUACUCGCAGAGUUAAGGUCAUGAAUGAAAAGCUUCAGCAUUGCAUGGAGCUAACAGAUCUGAUGCGGAAUCACCUGACGGAGAAGAGGACUCUCCGUCUAGAAUGGAUGAUUGUCAUCCUUAUCACCAUAGAGGUAAUGUUUGAGCUGGGACGAGUAUUUUUUGUGAUUAAGUGAUGACCGAAGGCGAAGUGUCAUUGCAAGAGAUACUCAAGUUCUACAAUCAAAAAUAAAUGUGCAUCUGUUGAGAGAUCUUUUAAUAGGUAUUUAAUUUUUUAAAUCAAGAACUUGUUAGUGAUCUUUUUCAGUUCCUAAAUGUACUGCUGCUUGAAUAAAAAUUAUGAAGAACUUGGCA